GUGGAGGCUGACCCAUUCUGUCAGCAGGUGUUGAAGGCUCGGAUCAAGAACCAAUGCCUGCACGCCGGAGUGGUGCAUGGAGACGUUAGAACCUUCUCGCCUGGCCCUAGUGGUGUGGCCAACGGUGUCUCCUGUGCGGGACAACAGGGUGGCAUGAGAGACAAGCGGACGUCACUUCUCAUGGAGGCCUUCCGCGUGCUGGACGAGCUCGCAGACCCGUUGGGGCCCACAGCGUGCUUUCUUGGGCUGGAGAAUGUGCAAUCGAUCUUGGGCAAAAAGCCUUCGAUGCGUCAGAUCAUGUGGGUGAUUGUUCAGGAGACCUCAAAACGCAACAUGGUUCUCUCGUGGAGCACUAUCAAUUUGCAGAAUUGCGGCCUGGAAGCCAAUCGCGGACGGGUGUUUUUCUUGGCACAGCGUGAGGGUGCAAUGUUGUGGUCAGGUCAAGACUUUGUGUUGCGCGUGGUUUUCGCAGAGGCGCAUAUGGCGAACGUCGGACCAGUAGUCCGCGGCAAGGGCUUGACCUUUUUGGCGAAUUUGGUGCUCACGAAGCCGCGGCAGACCGAGGUGUUAUGUGAGGUUUGCAAAACUGUGGCAAAGCAAUGUGGGCGCUGCUGCGUCUCGAUGCCAUUGGUGGAGCUGGGCGCGGCUUUGACCAAGGCAAAAUAUUUGGCCUCAGGUGUGUCCCCUCGUGCGGUGGCGACUAUGACCACUGAUGCAUGUAUGCCGCCUUGUCCCGACCACUUCAAAGGUCUUGUCUCGUUUGUGAGGGAGGGCACCGUGGAAGAGUGCAAGCGUUUGCACGAUCAGACUAAGGUGUGUGUUUCCCUUCUCUGUGAGUGCGCUUGGUCAAGGGAGUUGGCCAGCAUGGAGGAAAAUGAUGCAACCCUCCUGUAUGGCAUCUUGUUGGACGCUUCUGCCGUGUUCCAAGACCUUGAGAAAAUGCUGGCAGUGUACGCCGUUGAUUCUGACAUGCGUGUCAAGGCAGGCUGA